ACAAAUGGAUCCGAACACAAAAACAAUUAUGAUUUUCGCAUUGUUUUUUCUCUGUUUAUCUUUCCCCAGUAUUUCACUGGCUAACGAUGCUGAAGCCGACGAUGAAACACUAUUUACGUACGAACAAAAUCCAGAGAAGGGACCAGAGGGAUGGAGCAAAAUAAAUCCUCAUUGGAAAGUUUGUAACAAUGGAAAAUUACAAUCUCCGAUCGAUCUCACUAACGCAAGAGUCAGUCUUAUUCAUGAUGAAGCGUGGAGAAGAGAAUACAAACCAGCCCCGGCUGUUAUUAUGAACAGAGGACAUGACGUUAUGGUAUCGUGGAAAGGAGAUGCUGGAAAAAUAACGAUACGUCAAAUGGAGUUUAAAUUGGUGCAAUGUCAUUGGCAUUCACCGUCUGAGCAUACUGUUAACGGAACUCGUUACGACCUGGAGCUUCACAUGGUUCACACGAGUGCUCGAGGCAGAAUCGCAGUGAUUGGAGUUCUUUAUAAACUGGGCAAACCUAAUGAAUUCCUCACAAGGGUAUAAUAAUAUUAAUUCAUUUAUAUGAAGAAUUUUGAGUUUAUAACAUUUUCUAAGAGUUUUUUUUUAAAUUUUAAAUGCAGUUACUCGAUGGAUUAAAAACAGUGGGAAAAGAAGAGAAGGAUCUAGGGAUUGUGGAUCCAAGAACCAUUAGAUUUCAAACCAAGAAGUUCUAUAGAUACAUUGGCUCUCUCACUGUUCCUCCAUGCACUGAAGGUGUUAUUUGGACCGUCGUCAAAAGGGUAUAUUUUUUAUUAACAUAUAAUAAUCUUUUUAUUUAUUAGAAAUGAAAAUUUUGGUAAUUUUAAAAAGGGAAAUUUGUAUAUGCAGGUGAAUACAAUAUCAGUGGAGCAAAUUGCAGCUUUGAGGAACGCCGUUGACGAUGUAAGUACUCGGAAUUGCAAAAGGCGAUUUCAUUAGCUGAUAUUGAGUUAAUGAUCAUCUACUACUACUAAUCAUUCAAAAAAUUCAACAGGGAUAUGAGACAAAUUCAAGACCGGUUCAAGACACAAAUGGAAGACCGGUUUGGUUCUUUGAUCCAAAUGUUUGAAUUAUUGUAUUAAACUUUUUGUAAUUUCCAGAUUAUUCGAGUUUGAAUAAAAGCUAUCAAUAGAUUGGGUCGAUGCAUUGGAACUGGGCUUUUUUCAAAAUGUAAAAUCGCAAACAUGAAAAACACAAAAUACUGAAAAUUAUGCAGAUUUUAAUCAUUCACUCAUAUAUUACCAAGUGUUUGAGCCAGACUCGUCCAAAAGGGUAUAUUAGGAAGAUAUCAUUCAUAUAAUUAACACUUAACGAAUGAAAAAGCUGAUAGAUCUACUUUUUUUUUUUUUUUUUUUUUGUAAACGUAGAUCUACAUAUUUUGUUUUCAAGUGUUUUGUCUCUUUAUGUAUUGCUCUGUUUUCAUUUUAUUCUCUGUUUCUAAGCUACGCUUCUUCUCUUAUAUGUGAAGAUGCAAUCGUAUAUAUCUAUGGCAACUUCUUGAAUUUUUUAAACGGCAGUUAUGUUCAAAAUAUCAGUUUAUAUUUCUUCUAUCAGUCUCGGCUUCGACCAACAUAUUCGUUGUCGAUGAAUGUUACAAAAAAUAAUAGACGCUGUGACUGGGGUUCGGCAGUACUCCGAUAAAUUUAUCUUAUUUUCCACAAUAAUGUUAAUGCCUUUUAUUCGAGCUUACUUGUGAAGUAAUGCUUAUCACAGGCUAGGCGGCUAAUAAUGGUUCUGAGUCUUUUGACCGUUAACUUCUCGUUUGAGCUAUCAGUUCAGGAACCAUCUCAAUUAAAUUUUAUUUAAAAAAUAACCAUUGUACACUCUGUCUUGAUAGUUUCACCUGAUUCUGAUGGCUCUGUUCAUCUUCAACAAUCUUGAGUUAAUGCAUGACUCUACUUGUCUGCCUUUUGGAUCAUCGUUAUCCCUUCUGAUAACUGACUGGGUCUAAAUUGUAAUGGGUUGCUUUCUAUUUGUUCAGAACUGAAUCCUUUCAAUUUCUAUCUUGAUCUCUCUUCGAUUCAAAUAUAUUAAAAACAAAGUAUUUUCAUCCGGUUCACGGCAUCAGCAAACUGCUACAUUCAGUUAGGAUCUUACGAAUCUUAACUUGGAUUGAUGAUAUCAGAAAACACCUUCGGCAAGUUUCUACACAAGAUUUCUCACUUCCAAUUACACUCAUUUGGUUUUACAAAGAAAAUCAAAGAAGAAUAUAGUAAGAGCUAAACCUAUAAGGAGUUAAGGACUUCGUCUCUCUAGGUUAUCUUUCUAAGAGAUGUCAUUGUAGCAUGCUCUAAGCAACUUAAGAGGACAAAAAAUAUAGUCUUCCAUUUUAUAAAAUGAGACUCACAAAACCUUAAAAAUCUUGUAUGUUGGACUGUAUUUUAAUUUGUAGUUCAAGAUAGAGUUGGUUGAAGUCUAAUCUUUAAAUCAUUUGCAUCUUUCUCUUGGGCCUAUGAAAUGAAACUAUUAUGAAUGUAUAACAUUUUGAUCUACAAAUAUUGCUUUAUUGAGUCUCUUGUCUUCUUGAUAUUGGGUAUUGCUAUGUAUUCUCACAAGAUGUAUCCAAAUAUGAAAAAGACCCAAAAUAUAUGAUGCACCAAUGAAACACAUGCGCGAACGCACAUGCUCAAACACAUUGUCUUUUCCCUCUUAAUAAACCACUAAAAAUCUAUACUAUUAAAAGGGAAGAAGUCCCAAAAAAUCUACCUAUAAAAAGUUACUGCACCUUUUCAUUUAACUCAUUAUUUUUUUAUCUUACCUUAAUUUUUUUUAGUUCAUACGAUAUUAUCAAUAAAUAUGGUUACCGAAACAGAAGGAAUCAAAUAGUGGGAACUCAGCCCCUCAUGUACAUUCCUUUUUUCCCGUCCAUAUAUAUACCAUUUAAUUAUUUAUUGUUUAUACUUUUUGAUUAAAACGAAGUACAUACUAAGAUUAAGUAAACUAUACAUAUGUCUGACAAAAAGUACUAUAUAUAUAUAUAAUCUUUUCAUGGACCGUGUAAUAAUAUAAUCAUCUAAUUGAAAACAUAGUUAAAAAUCUUAUUUUAAAUGAAUUCUAUUAUUACUUUUCAUUUUAAUGUUAUACAUUAUAUUUUAUGCUUAUCAUCUACAAUAUUCAGAUAUUAAUUAUUAAAAUGAGUUAGCAUAUAUCAUUAAGCAUAUUGUAUCAUGUCAUCUUACAUUAUAUAGUUUUAAAUAUUUACAAAAUCAAAUUUGAUAAAAACAUUUUUGUGAAUCGUAUGUUAAAACAAAAUUAUAUAUAUUACCUUAACUUAAUUUUUAUAGAAAUUACUAUAAUAAAAAUUAUAAACUUUUGUCUGAAAUACUAAUUCAUAUCCAACUUUAUUUAUAACCCAAACAAAACCCGUACUUUUGUCUGAAUACCCGAAAUAUAUUUUUAGCAGUUUGAAAUUUUACCUGAAAACUGAAAGUAUAAUUGUAAACUCAAACCCAAAACAAAAAAGAAUAUUCGUAAUACCGAAAACAUAUAUAAAACACCCAAAUAUACAUAACAUACACAAAAUAUUUUAUGUAAUAUGGAUAUUCGGUCGGAUCGUGGGUAGGUAUGUACUGAACCAAGAUCCUCAAAAACAAAUAUCCACCACGUACAGUUUCCCGGAUCCGAUAUUCUUUUGUAUUUGAGUAAUUAGUGAAUUAAUUUAUUUGAGAUUUUGAAUAAAUGUCUAAGCUUGAGAGAGAGAGAGAGAGAGAGAGAGAGAGAGAGAGAGAGAGAGAAAAAAGAGAGAGAGAGAGAGAGAGAGAGAGAGAGAGAGAGAGAGAGAGAGAGAGAGAGAGAGAGAGAGAGAGAGAGAGAGAGAGAGAGAGAGAGAGAGAGAGAGAGAGAGAGAGAGGUACAUGCUUAGCUCUAUGAAGAGAGAAGAGAGACAGUUAAAACUAGGUCAGACUGUCAAUCUAUGCACGCAGGUUUGUGGGAUUGAGUACGGUUAUUAUUGGUAUUAAUAAAAAAUGUACAGUUGCAUAUCCAUUUGCCUAAUAAAAUUCUUAUCUAUAGUUAUGGACUGCAAAUUCCCUUUAUUUUACAAUCUUUUAUUUCUAUUUUAUUUUAUAGUUAUUCCAUGUUUAUCUCCUUUCUCAACUCCCACACAUUUGUUUUACCAUUAUUAUCAAUUAAACUAGGGGAAAUUACAUGUUUACCACUUUCAUGGUACCACUUUUCAUUUUUACUACCACUAAUGAGACAUUUUCAAAAAUACAUUUUUCAUUAAGUGGCAAAAGAUUCUUAUGCCCUUGUUAUUUAUAUAUAUAAUAAAUCAUUAUUUAAAUAAAAAAUAAAUUAAAAAAAAAAAUGUAAAAUAAAA